AUGAUGGACCCAGACCUCAACAAUAAGCUUGAUAAACUACUCACUCUAUUGGAAGCACAGCUAGAGCUUACCAGACAGGGUCAUCGAGAGGAACGUUUACAACGAGCUCAACUGAGCAGGGAGGAGACAAUGGACCUCUCUCACUCAGAAGACCAAGCAGGAGGAGGAGAUGAGUCUAUGAUAGGAGACCCACAUACUCCUACUCCAGCUCCACAACCAAGACAAUCAGUCUCAUUCAACCUGGAUGAGCAGGAGGACAUCAACUACGAGAAGUAUGCUUCACCUACUGGGCCAAGAUAUGUCAAGACUAAGCUGGACCCCUACAGCAGGACCAGGACAGACCCUUACCCCCUGGACCAAGAGGAGGACUCUAGCAUCAUGGCAGAUCUUAACUGGUCAAAGCCCAUCGCCACCCCCUUUCCAAAGUUCAAUCCCCAAGACAUGGAGAUCUUCAUUCUAGAAGCCAAAGCAUGGUUUAAGUCCAACCAGGUGUAUGAGCAGACUAGGAUGAUCAACCACAUGGGUGCUCAACUAGAAGGGACAGCAAGAGAGUGGUGGACCUCCAAGCUCCAUAUUGAUAGAGCUAGAGAAGGAAGGUUGUUCAAUGAUUGGCACUACUUCACAGAGUGCCUGUCAGAGCAGUUCAACCCACGCAAUGCUAGGAUGGAGGCAUACAACAAGCUGUUGGCUCUCAGACUCACAAGUGAUGCUCCUGGUGCCACCACAUGUCAUGUAGAGCGGAGGCCCCUGAGCAGUACUCGAUGA